AUGGCUUCCUGUUUGGUCCCGGAGUUCCCCGCCGUCUUGGUGGCCCUCGAGCACCUGGAGGAGCUGAACCGGCAGCUGAGGGAGGACGGGGAAGCCAGCAUCCUGCUGUCGGACAUCGCCGCCGCGGUCUCCCAGCUAGAGGCGGACAGGCGCGCGGCUCACGAGCAUUUGGAGGUGGAGACUAUCGAAAACGGGAAGCUGAGGCACCAGGUGAGCGGCGUCCACGAGCGCCUGCGCAGGGAGGUGACAGCGCACGCGGCCGCGGCCCGGGCAGCUCACGCCGAGGAGAUGGAGACGCUGCGCAAGGACCUCAGCACCGCCUCCGAGCUCCACCAGCAGGCCGCCGCCAAACUGCUGGAGGUUCUGAUCCACAGCAAGGAGCUGCAGGCAGAGCAGGAGGCGCGGAGGAGCGACCUGGACGAGGUGGUCGCAACCUUCAAUGACCUCCUCGUGCAAAAACAGAGCCUGCAGGUAAAGCUGAAGCAGAGCUCCCAGCUGAUGGAGGAGAUGAGGUCCUCCAUCACUGCUGCGGAGCAAGAACUCCAAACUCUGGAGGAGGGCAUGAGUAUGGAGCGGGAGGCUUUUCCCAAGCUGAAGGCCCGCCUCCCCAGACAGGUGGAGGAGAUCCAGGAGGAAACUGAUCAACAAGUUGAAGCCGUGAAGACGAGAAACCAAGAAUUAGACCGAGUCAACAAACAGAAAGAAGAAGCGCAGAGAAAUCUGGAGGAACUCAACGCUCAUGUGGCCCAACUGGAGAGUAACGUGGCCAGACUGAAGUCGUCACGGCAACAGUGUGAGCAACAGCUAGAAGAUGAGACCCGGAUGCAUCAAGAACUGAUGGAGCAGAAUCUUAAAAAGGAGCUAGAUGACUUAAAGGAGGUGUUUAGUCGUACGAUUUACAGGCUUCAGGACCGAAUGGCGGCGGUGGAAGCUAAAAUCGUGGUGUGCCGAGCGGCGAUGGUGCUCCAUCGAGAAUCCCUGCCGCAAAUGGAGGAGAUCUACAAGCGGAGGCAGGCUGAGGAAAACGAUGGAAAGGCGGAGCUUCUGCGCGUGUCGCAGCGGCUGAAGCGGCUCAAGCUGCAGCUGGAUCAGAGCACCGCCGCCAUCGUCCAACGCCACCACGAGAUCCGAUUAAUGGACAGGCAGGUCAAAGAGCUGCAGGAGACAGAGGCGGUCAACGGGCGACUCCUGAAGAAGAACAGGGAGAAGCUGCUCAGCAGCGUCCAUGCAGAGAGGAAGAACGUCAGCGGCUUGGAAGAUGAGAUGAAGCAGCUCAGACGGCAGCUGGAGGAGGAGACGAGGAGGCAGGAGGAGCACGUGGAGAAGAUGAAAGCUGACGUUAGUGACAACGUAAGGAGGUAUGAGGAGCUGCUGGAGGAGAAGGCCGCUCUGCACCAGCGACAGCCUCAAAGUGCAGAUCCACAAAUCCUGAAGAGCCUCGUCGCCCAACGGGAGGUGGAGUCCAGACAAGAGGAGAGUGUCCUCCUCCAGAGCAUUCAGGAGAAAACCACGGAGGCUGAGAGCAUCAGCGAGAACGUCAGAGAGAAGCAGAGGGAGGUGGAGGAGAAAGAGAAGACGCUGAAGGAGGUGGAGGCUAAGUGGAAGGAGGCUUUGACCAGGCGGGACACUCUGAGAGAACUAGCUCUAGGGCUGAAGAGGAGGAGGACGGAGCUGGAGAUCAUGAUUCAGGAGGUGGAGGAGAAAACCAGGUCGCAGCUGCUCCCCAAAGAAGACACAAAGGCAGAGCUGGAGGAGGCACGAGCGCGACACAUGGAGCUGCUGGAGGAGCAGGCUUCAGCGCUGAGAGCUGUGGAGGUGAGCGUUUACGACAGCAGCGUGAAGCUGGAGCAGGUCAGCGCGGAAAACCGCCGACUCCGCCUUUGCAUCCAGCAGAUGACGGAGGACGUCAGAGGAGCCGUGGAGAACAAGGACCGCUACGAGUGGGAAACCCAGAAGUUCAGGCGCAACCAGAAAGCCUUACGGAAGAGAUUACAGGAAGCUUUUGAAGAGGACCGGCUGCUGGUUCAGGACCAUCAGAGCGGCGACGGCGUCCUGCUGACGUCCAUGAAGUCGCUGGUGGAGCAGCUGAAGAACCGCAAGCAGCAGCUGCUGCAUUUCAGCACUCUCCUGCACAGACAGAUGCUGGACUUUAGCAAACGACUGGGAGAAAAAACAGACUGCUAGACCGACAUAAUAGCAGUCAUACGAUUUUGGGAAAGAUCAUUUUUAAUCAAGGUAAUAUUAAAGUUUCUCUGCGUUUAAAAUUUAUCUGUAAUUGAAACGAAUAAAACAGGAAAAUCCAA